AUGGAAACAAUUCUCAAGCAGCUCAUACAGGCCGGCACACCGAAUCCAGCAAAUUGGGAAGAAUGGAUUCGGAACUUUGAUGGACUUCUCACCCUUGCUGGAUACAAUACAAUUCUUUUUGCUGAAGAUCCAGGCACCAAAGCACGCAUCCAACGACCUGGCUAUGCAGAUCCAACAAAGCCAACGCCAGAAGAAAUCUCUGCACAGAAAACCUAUGAUAAUGCAAUCGUCAGGUGUCCAUGGUUACGCACUGCAGCCGGCAAGGAACACCGACAUAUCCUCGAAAAGACACCUUCUGAUGGUGUGGCAAUUUACGAUGCGCUUUUCGAGCUCUAUGCCAAAAGGAUGGAAGCAUGCGCUUCAGAGCGUGGAAUGAACUGCUUUCAAUCCGCAAGCAAUCAACAGAGUCAUGGGCAGACCUGCCGAUUGGAACAUACAGAAGGAGACAGAGGAACUCAGGCAUUUACACUACUCAAUGCCAUCCCCACUGAGCAUCAGCUGCGCACCAGCAUUGUCGUUUCCAACACAAUCAAUUACGACAAAAUCAAAACAGCAAUGCUCCUAUUCAACACAACGACACCAGAAUCGCAGGACAUAGCACCCGAGGUUGCUGCCGCCGUUACCACACCAACAAAAUGCCUCUUUUGCCUAAACAUCGGCCAUUUUGUCAAAGAUUGCCGCACAAUGGUCCGCUUCCAGCAGAUGUACCUGAACAAGCGCGCCGAGCGACGAGCCGGUACCUCCGGAACCCAGCCACACCGAGCACGUGGACGCAGUGAUCGGAGCUCUGCUCCAGGACGGUCACACCAGGCACAUGCUGCACAAGCAAUCGAUAAGCCUACAGAGGUCGAAUAUGCCGGAAAUGCAAGUUUGUCCCAAUUACCCGUACCUACAGCAGCUGACAGCUGGAUUGCUGAUUCAGGAGCCUCCUGCCAUAUGACACAUCGUCGCGAGUGGCUCACUAGCUUCUCGGAGUGCAGGACUCCUGUAGCUAGCUGA